AUGGCAGAAAAUAGAGAGUCUUCAAAGUUAAAUAAUGAUGAAAGAAAUCAAGUUGCACAGUGGUUGUUGCAACGGAGUUCCAACGGCAAACUUCAAUACGGCGCAAAGAAGGAGGCAGCCACACUCUUCAAACUUAGUUUGAAGACUAUUUAUCUCAUUUGGAAAUCGGCAACUGCCCAACAAGCGCUCGGACGACCUAUACAAUUGAAAUCAAUGAAAAGAGGUUCAACACACAAGGAUAAAUGGGCGAUCGAUUCAGAAAAGGUAAAGAAGUUAAGUGUUCUACAAAGAUCUUCAAUUAGAGUCAUGGCAUGUAAUCUAGGAGUUAGUAAGUCACUUGUAGGUGUGUGGGUGAAAGACAAGAAACUUAGAGCACAUACCAAUGCUAUCAAACCGCUUUUAACCCCUCAAAACAAGAUAUCAAGGCUGCGAUGGAGCCUUAGGCAGCUUAGUGACAUAAAUGUGGAGGGAUUUAUCAAGUUUCAAACCAUGUUCAACACCAUACACAUAGAUGAGAAGUGGUUUUACUUAACCAAAAGCAAGGAUAGAUAUUACCUUAUGCCGGGUGAGUUGGACCCGUAUAGGGCUUGCAAAUCAAAUAGAUACAUACCAAAGAUUAUGUUUAGUUGUGCAAGUGCACGACCUAUCAAAGCCAAAGGGGACAACAAUUACAAAAUCCCACACAUGAACAAAGAGAGGUUAGAAAGGAUUGGCAUGCUACCAGAUGCAAUUUCAAUUUCACAACAGCUAGUGGAUGAGAGUAUGGAGUUCUUAGAGGGAAACAAUCAUGCUGACACAACAGAAUACACAGAUGGUCAAGCUGAAGAAUUUCAACAGAAUAUGUCAGACAUCCUAGAGGGUCUCACACAUGUAAACAUCAAUUAG